AUGACUACGGUGGUGGAUACAUCAGGCGUCCACUCCCUAAUGAUCAGAUUCUGUCGGUGCGCCAGUGCACUUGCAUCUUUCACUUCACCGAAGACAGCGUUCAUAUUUGCAGUGUUGGACGACUUCCUGUUGGAUAACCUGGAAUGUGGGACAUUGGUGAUGAACUACUAUAGCAAAUUAAGGCGAAUCACUUCAAGUGUAUUCCCGCAUCUGGUUCCAGUAAACCGAUACAGAGAAUUGAUGAGGGUGGGCAGGCAGUGGAGACAGCUGAAGCAGCUCAAGUGGCAUGGGUUUGGCCAUGAGAAGCAAAAGCCAAAGGCAGGGGAGCUUGCACUGUUCUGUCCUGCAUGUCCGCAGCCCGGGGUAAACAUCAAUUUGGCAGAAAGGAAUGUGUCCAAUCCUGCAUGGCUAUAUUCGAGACCCUUGGUGAUGGAUGGCAACUUCAAGGCCGUGCAUCUGUUUCUGGCGAAUCUGACUGAUGAGGUGGCAUUGACUGAUGGCCUUGGAUUUAUGGUCGGUGAUGGCCGAUACAAACUGCAUCUCGCCGAGGCACAGGAUAUUGCGAACACUUCAUGUCACAAGCUUGAAGCAACUGGGAUUGGUGGUUGUGCAUGCACUAGACAUGGGUGUUUUGUACCUCAUUCAAUGGUGGACUUUCAAAAGGGGGAAAGGUUCGCCGAUCAAUAUCUCAUUUGCCUGAUGUGA